AUGGCGGCCCUUGGCCCCAGCAGCCAGAAUGUCACUGAGUAUGUCGUCCGAGUUCCUAAAAAUACCACCAAAAAAUACAAUAUCAUGGCUUUCAAUGCAGCCGAUAAAGUCAACCUCACUACUUGGAAUCAGGCCCGGCUGGAACGAGACCUGAGCAACAAGAAGAUUUACCAAGAGGAGGAGAUGCCUGAGUCGGGCGCCGGCAGCGAGUUCAAUCGCAAGCUCCGGGAGGAGGCGCGGAGGAAGAAGUACGGCAUUGUUCUCAAGGAGUUCCGGCCAGAGGACCAGCCCUGGCUGCUGCGGGUCAACGGCAAAUCGGGCCGCAAGUUCAAGGGCAUAAAGAAGGGCGGCGUGACAGAAAACACCUCCUACUACAUCUUUACCCAGUGCCCUGAUGGGGCUUUCGAGGCCUUCCCUGUGCACAACUGGUAUAACUUCACGCCGCUGGCCAAGCACCGCACGCUCACGGCCGAGGAGGCUGAGGAGGAGUGGGAGAGGAGAAACAAGGUCCUGAACCACUUUAGCAUCAUGCAGCAGCGGCGACUGAAAGACCAGGACCAGGACGAGGAGGACGAGGAGAAGGAGAAGCGCAGCCGCAAGAAGGCCAGCGAGCUGCGCAUCCACGACCUGGAGGACGACCUGGAGAUGUCGUCCGAUGACAGCGAGGCCAGCGGCGAGGAGGGUGGCAGAGCCCCCAAGGCCAAGAAGAAGGCACCGCCCAGCAAGGGGGGCCGGAAAAAGAAGAAGAAGAAGGGCUCAGAUGAUGAGGCCUUUGAGGACAGUGAUGACGGGGACUUCGAGGGCCAGGAGGUGGACUACAUGUCUGAUGGCUCCAGCAGCUCCCAGGAUGAGCUGGAGGGCAAGCCCAAGGUCACCCAGCAGGAGGAGGGUCCCAAGGGCGUGGACGAGCAGAGUGAGAGCAGUGAAGACAGCGAGGAGGAAAAGCCGCCCGAGGAGGACAAGGAGGAGGAGGAGGAGAAGAAGGCGCCCACGCCGCAGGAGAAGAAGCGGAGGAAAGACAGCAGCGAGGAGUCCGACAGCUCGGAGGAGAGUGACAUCGACAGCGAAGCCUCCUCGGCACUCUUCAUGGCGAAAAAGAAGACUCCCCCGAAAAGGGAGCGGAAGCCAUCAGGGGGCAGUUCCCGGGGUAACAGCCGGCCAGGCACGCCCAGCACUGAAGCAGGCAGUACUUCUUCCACCCUCCGGGCAGCUGCCAGCAAGCUGGAGCAGGGGAAGCGCACCAGCGAAACACCAGCAGCCAAGCGGCUACGACUGGACACUGGGCCCCAGAGCUUGUCUGGUAAAUCCACUCCUCAGCCCCAGUCUGGGAAGUCAACCCCCAGCAGCGGCGACGUUCAAGUGACUGAAGACGCCGUGCGCCGCUACCUGACGCGGAAGCCCAUGACCACCAAGGACCUGCUGAAAAAGUUCCAGACCAAGAAGACGGGGCUGAGCAGCGAGCAGACAGUGAAUGUGCUGGCUCAGAUCCUGAAGCGCCUGAACCCUGAGCGCAAGAUGAUCAACGACAAGAUGCAUUUCUCCCUCAAGGAGUGA